GAGGCGAGAGAGAAGUUGACGCGAGUGGAAUACCGGCGGUAACCGAACGCAAGCACGUACGCAAGCGCACAUCAAAACGAUGCGUCUCGUUGAUCAACUGUUGUUGCUUUCCCUUCUCCUCUCGCUGGGCAAUCAGGUCGAAGCUAUUUGGCCCAAGGUCACCAAUCCCUUAUCCUCCGUCUUGUGGAAUUUUUACUCGCGAUCGACCAAUCCCACCCCCGCGAGUUCCGCCCUGUCGUCGUUCGAGGAAGAUGAUUGCGUUGGGUGCGCGCAGAAUAAAGUUAGCCUACUUGCGACCGAUACGAUUUUAACGGAGAUAAGGGUCGAAUACGUGAAGCAACAAAUCCUCAAGAAAUUGCGGCUCUCCAAGCCACCCGAGAUAUCGAUGCCGAUCUCGACCUUGCCGAUGCCUCUGAUAAAUGGUCGUGUGCUCGAACUUCGACCCGGAGCGCCGCUCGAACCGGAAAGAUCAGUCGACAGUUUCUAUGGAAAAACCGAUCAAAUCGUUGUCUUUCCGAACGAAGGUAUAGCCGAUUCGAAAAAGUGUCAACAAAAAUCGAACCAUAUGACGGGGUUCCGUCAAAUUUCAGCCUGUUUCACCUUUUAUCUACCGAACGAAAUGCAAUUCGUGGAUGUGACCACUGCGCAACUUUGGUUCUACAAGGGGUACGACGACAACGACGACAUGAAUCAAACUUUCGUGCUCUCCGAGCUCGAUCAUUGGGAUCUAAGUGGAAACUUUGAAAAGAAUACCAUCAUGGCAAUCUUCGAAACUGAUAUUGGAGAGGGAUGGGUGAAGACCGACGUGAGCUUCACGCUGAACAAAUGGGUGAGAGAGCUUCGGUUGAACCACUCGAUACAGAUUGCUUGCAGUACCUGCUCGAUCGACCGAGUUACCGCGCCCGUAUCCGUCGAGCAAACGUUGAAACCUUUCCUCGUGAUACACACAUCGCCCUUGCCGCAGAAAAAUAGACCCAAGAGGAAUUCAAACUGCCUGCCUGAAAUGACAGAAUGCUGCAGGGACGAGCUCUACAUUAAUUUCGAAGACAUCGGUUGGAGCCAAUGGAUUCUUCAUCCGAGAGGAUAUCACGCCUAUUUCUGUCGUGGCUCUUGUUCUUCCGUCGCUUCCUUGACUGUCAGUAGCUCCCCCUACAACAACGUCAUCAUUAAGUUGUUGAACAACAAACAUGCUGCUGGUAAUGCGAUGCAUGGUAAAAACGAGAUCGUCCCGUGCUGUUCGCCUACGCAAUUGUCACCAAUUCAGUUGCUCUAUGUCGAUACGAACAACACGAUCACGCAAAAAACACUGCCAAACAUGGUGGUCGAAGCCUGUGGUUGCAUGUAAUUCGCCAAAUAUUAACCAGAUCCCCUCCCUCCAUUCAAAAUAUCCAUCCCCUGCAUACACGUAUACCUAUGUACAUAUUUACUUUUCGCUUCGACGCGAACAUUAUCUUCUCUCUUCUGCUUCUGAUACCUGCCUCGAGCGAUUCAGAAACCACGAUCAGGCUUUCCACGAUUACAACACGACCCUCCCCCAUUAACAAUCACUUCGUCGUGAAUAAACACGAGCGUGUCAUUUCGGAGACGAAUGAAAACGAAACCGACGAUUAUUCAAAUACAAACUCGUUUGCAUGCAGAGUCGUGUGAACGAUCGAAAGAAACAGUAUUCCUCCUCUAGCGAUAGGGCGCUGCUUGCGCCGAAAUCCUACCUUUAAUCUAAUUAUUUCAUAUUUAACCGAUCGAAACGCAAUCGCGUAAUUGUGUAAUCGAAUUCGAUGAUACAAUUUAUUUAUUAUUAAACCAAAUCAAUUAUAUUAUAUCGUACAUAUGCAAUAUUCGAAUAGACGAAGCGAUCCAUCCUUCCGCGGGAAACUCAAACCUCACCUCUUCUUCCUAUUUCUCCCACUCUUUCUCUACUUGUAAACUUUACUAGGAAGUACAUAUGUAUGUGGACUACCGCAAACAAGGAUGAUACACAGCCAUCGAUUUUCUGCAUCUGCACCUAUGUAUUCAAUUUAGAAC